AUGGUUUAUUACGUUCAACUUUUGAGGAGUAUUCCGCCAGUUGGCGGCAGCUGCAAUAACCUUGGGGACUUAUUUGAAGCUGCAGUAAAUGUAAUACAGAAGCUCUCUAAAGUUUCAGGGCCUGUGAAAUUACCGGAUGAAAGGAAGUUGCUGUUCUACUCUCUGUAUAAACAAGCUAACUUUGGCUCCUGCACCACUCCAAAGCCUUCAUUUUGGAACGUUGUUGAAAGAUAUAAAUGGGAAGCUUGGAAAUCAUUGGCAGAUAUGGAUCAGAAAGUUGCAAAACAAAAGUAUGUAGAACUGCUGCGGAAUGUCGUUGACAGAGCUAUGAAUGACUUUAGUUACGCUCUGUUGAUGGAAGAUGAUGACUUUGACACUGAAAGCGUUUUGAAACCGAACUUUCAGGCAUUGGGUUACGGUAAAUUUGAUUUAUUGACCUCAUCUGUAGUUCUGUCGUCGCCUGUCAAACUCGGUUUGCAUGUUUAA